GUCCAUAUAUUUCCGUUUGCAGAAUUUUGUUUUCAAACAUGGCAAAGUGAUGAAACGUGUGGGUGAAGAGAGGCAGGCGAGUAACAUAUUGAGCUGCGGUGAAUAAGCGCCAGCACUUUGUGAUGCCUCCUACCCAAAAAAAAUAAAAUAAACCUGAGCACUGUCCUCUAUUCAUGUGUGAACAUGUUGCCACAUUGGCAUUACUGCACUGCUCCCUGUCACGAAUGCCAGUCUAAUAAUGUACAGUGUAGUAAGCGCUUGCUUUUUAUCCUAUCUCGAGACUCUCACUGUGGAAAGCUGAGAAUUUGUGCUCUUUCUAAAGAUCAAUUCACAAGUAUGCAUGCAUGCCGAAGGUGAAGAGAAAUUGCAGAAUAGUGGGUGUCUCUGGAAGCGGGGCCAGGAGGGAGGGAGGAAGGGAGGGAUGAGACAGAGCGAGGGAAAAUAAAGGGUGGCUGAUUCUCUCAGUAGCAAUGUGAGACAGCAAAAGUGGCAUAUCGCACAGCAGCAGGUGUCGGAUGACCGAGAAGUCGGACGUGCAUACAAAGCAAGCGACAAGUUCACGGAGGCUCGAAAUGAUGCAGUCCUACGCGCAGGAAGCACGAUGGAAGGAUCCCCCGCAUCCCUGAUGAAGUAGAGCGCUCACUCCAAUAUUCCGGUCCACUGCUGCCUUUUCUCGCUAUCUCACAGACUUUUAGCGCUUGCCAUCGUUGCGCGACCAUGAUGGCGAACAACUUCUCAUAUGCGCUGCUCCACAGCGCCCCCCGCAGACCCCUGCUCAACAGGAGAUGCCUGAGCGACACCUCGGACCUGUUUGCCAUGAUCGAGAGGAUGCAGGGUUGCAGAAUGGAUGAGCAAAGAUGCCCGCUCCCUCCACCCCUCAAAACAGAAGAGGACUACAUCCCAUAUCCUAGUGUUCAUGAGGUUCUUGGUCGCAGUAGCCCGUUCCCGCUCAUUUUGCUCCCCCAGUUUGGGGGCUACUGGAUCGAGGGGACAAAUCAUGAGCCGAGAGGUACACCAGAGUCGAUGCAACCUCCCUGCCCCGCAUCCUACAUUAAGCUCGAGACCAACAGCACCGCCAAGAUCUACAGAAAACAAUUCAUGGGCAAAGAGCACUUUAAUUAUUACACAAAGGAUGCCGCCCUGGGUCACUUGGUCUUCUCAUUAAAGUACGAUGUCAUCGGGGAUCAGGAGCAUCUGCGCUUGAUGCUCCGCUCCAGACUAAGAACCUACCACGAUGUCAUCCCUAUUUCCUGCCUCACAGAGUUCCCCAACGUGGUCCAGAUGGCAAAGCUUGUUUGUGAAGAAGUCAAUGUCGAUCGGUUUUAUCCUGUUCUCUACCCAAAGGCGUCACGCCUCAUUGUCACCUUUGAUGAGCAUGUGAUUAACAACAAUUUCAAGUUCGGAGUCAUUUAUCAAAAGUUUGGUCAGACUACAGAAGAGGAAGUCUUUGGUAACAUGGAAGAAAGUCCAGCUUUCGUCGAGUUCUUGGACUUCCUGGGCCAGAAUAUUGAGCUGCAUGACUUCAAAGGGUUUCGAGGAGGCCUCGAUGUCACACACGGUCAAACGGGGACUGAAUCAGUCUACACCAAUUUCCAUGGGAAGGAGAUCAUGUUCCAUGUCUCCACCAAGCUGCCUUACACCGAGGGAGACUCCCAACAGCUGCAGAGGAAGAGGCACAUAGGCAACGACAUUGUCGCCAUCGUGUUCCAGGAAGAGAACACACCCUUCGUUCCCGACAUGAUCCAGUCCAACUUCCUCCAUGCCUAUGUGGUGGUCCAGGUGGAGGACGCGUGUACGGACAACGUCACAUACAAGGUGUCGGUGACUGCGAGGAAUGACGUGCCCUUCUUCAUGCCGGCCCUACCUGACCCGGCUAUCUUUAGAAAGAGCCCGGAGUUGCGCGAGUUCCUCUUCACAAAGCUCAUUAAUGCCGAGUAUGCUUGCUACAAGGCGGAGAAGUUUGCCAAGCUGGAGGAGCGCACCCGUUCAGCCCUUUUGGAGACCUUGUACGAGGAGCUGCACAUCAACAGCCAGUCUAUGAUGGGCCUUGGCGGGGACGAAGACAAACUUGAGAAUGGCGGCAGCGGAGGAGGUGGAGGCUUCUUCGAGUCCUUCAAGCGGGUCAUCCGCAGCAGAAGCCAGUCAAUGGAUGCCAUGGGCCUCAGUAGCAAGAAGUCACACACAGUCUCCACUAGUCACAGUGGCAGCUUUACCCACAAUCUUGCCGAGAGCCCCAAAACAGCCGGCAUUUCAUUGCUCGUCCCAGGGAAAAGUCCCGGUAAAUACGGCCGGCGAGGCAGUGCCAUAGGGAUAGGAACAAUAGAAGAGUCACUGAUCAUUCCUGGGAAAAGCCCCACCAGGAAAAAGUCAGGUCCCUUCAGUUCCCGCCGAAGCAGCGCCAUUGGCAUUGAGAACAUCCAGGAGGUCCAAGAAAGAAGCCGAGACGUGUCGCCAUGCACCCAAAGGACAUCCGACAGCAGCCACAUCUCCCAGGAAAAUAAAUCAGACAACUCGUCCAAUCACAGCUCUCCUGAGUUUACCCCUGCCAAGAACAGCUUGGUCAUGUGUUGCAGGGCACCAUCCAUCCCAGAAGCUCAGGACCUUUCCCGCUCCUCCUCCAAUGCCAGCAGCUUCGCCAGCGUUGUGGAAGAACACGAGGCCGACGAUGAUUACAACAUGGGACCGGAAAGUGAGUCGGCCACGACGCCGCUCAAGAGAGACUCUCUGGACGAUGGAUCGCUCAGUAUGAGUCAUACGGGCAUCAUAGCUUCACAUCCUCCUUUGUCUCGACUCCAACAUCAAAGCGAUGGACCUAAGGGACCUGAGUCAAAAGCGACAGACGGCCGUUCCAGGUUGGAGCAUAAGUCCUCGAACUGUUAGCCCCACACCACUGACUCGCCGCAUUCACGUCCAUUAUCAGCAUUUCCUGGAGAGGCACCGCACCUCAGAACUGAGCGAAUGGGUCACAUCGCCUCCUAUACCUGACCGUGGUCAAGUCUGACACACGGUCAGGAGAACUUUGACGCAAGCAUUUGGUUUGGAUACGACAGUUGUCCCGACAUGAAUACCCCAACAAAAGCUCGGAGGAUAUCACGUCAGGACCUUGUUCCUGCUCCGCAAAAUCUUUUAAAGGCCAUGCAGCAGCAUCACCAAGCAUUUGGUUUGGAUAUGACAGUCGUCCCGACAUGAAUACCCCAACAAAAGCUCGGAGGAUAUCACGUCAGGACCUUGUUCCUGCUCCGCAAAAUCUUUUAAAGGCCAUGCAGCAGCAUCACCAGCGCGUCACUGCGCAACGUCAUCCUUGUUUUAAAGAUUUAAAGUGAGAGAAACUGAAAGACAGAUUUUUUUGGAACCGAGUGUUCGGUUUGUCGACCUGCUGAGCGUCAAUGUGACGCCCUUGUUUUAAAUUCUUCUGACGAAUCUCACUUGGCUUCCUUCAGGAUCGAGGCCACUUGCUCGAAUGACAACAAAAGCAUUUAAAACUGAAUAUGUCUUUAAAAAGGUACACAGUUAUCUCAAUGUAGACUCCAUUGAUGGUAUAAUGGCAGUUUAAAAAAAGUCAUAUUUACAGUGGUGCCUCAACCAGCAUCAAAGCAUUUUCAACCGUUUGUGUUAGAUUUUGCGAGUGCGACUGUGCAUGGUGUCAACAUGCUAGAGAUAAAAAACAAAACAAAACAACAACAACAACAAAAAACAAGAAAAAAAUCCUCUGGUGCCACAUUGGUUGUACCUGUGAUCCCCAUUUUAUUUAUCUCCUUGUGCAAUGUACACACAUUUUAUUUAACUCUCCAGUGUCAAAGAGUUGCGACAUAGGACACUUAUUGGGAGCCGUAGGAGCAUUUAUUUGUUAUCCUGCUUGUGCACUGAAUCAUCCCUGAACUAUAGUACUAGUACGCUCUUUGUCCUCACUAAUGAGACAAGUUAGUACACUAGUGAUUUUUUUACUACUGCAUGACAUUUCUGUGCACUGCCUACAAACAUUUUGUUCACACAACGGUCUGAGAACGUCACGCUUCCUGGUGGUUUACAUUUGUUUGGAUUUUGCUGCCACUUGGUCUCAAUGGCAAAAUUUUGUGACAUUCUCCAAUCAUUACGUUUUGGUAAUAUACUUGGUUCGACUACUGUUCCCCUUGGCUUUUUUCCCAGUUACCUACUGAUUUGGUUCCUUAAAUUGUUGUAGGUUAUUAACUUCUUGUUCCUUAAUCAGUAAUAUGUUAUGUCACCGGGAAUACUUGUAAUCCAGGUGUCAACAAGUGCAGCAUUUAGCUUCACUCGUAAAUUUUAGUUUCACAGCACUUGUGCAGAGAAAUGUCAUGCAGUCAUGGAAGGUAGCAGUGGAAAGUAGUGUGCCACUUGUUCGUGGACAGCUAAGUGCACUAGUGGGAUAUAAAAUAAACGUUCAAGUGGCUUUCCAUAGGAACUCCUUAGUUUUGUGUUUGUCAAGUGGAUUUUUUGGAACAACACUGUGACUAAUCUUGAGGUUGCCUUUCCAAAUGAUUGUGUCUUGUGAGUAGUCGUCUUUCUGGAGGUUCCUGAAUGUAACACACAAGGUACAUCAUGCUCCCUUUUACGGAUCUACUGUACUUUCCCCAUUUUGUGUAAAACGGUUUGACAAAUGCAAAGGGGUGGUGAGGGUGGCGGGGGGGGGGGGGGGGCGCUCAAAUAAUUGUGCUCAAACUUUGAAUUUACUUGAACUGAACCUGCUCAAUUGAAGCGUAGAUAGCUUGCGCCUCCUUGUGGCUGAACAAAAUAGCACAUCCAUGCGUCUGGCCCGUGCUUUUUACAGUGGUCGAUCCGAAAAGUGCGCUGUUUUAAAAUGAUUGUACUUCUGUCAUCGUCUGCUUCUUGAAAGGUCUCGCUUGUACAUACAGUAUAGUAUUACUUUGCAUCCUCAUUGUAAAUAAAGACAACAGAGAUGUUUAAUGAAAUUAAAAAAACAUUGCAGUGAUGUGUCCCAGUACUGGGCUGCUCAAUUCACAUGUCCAGG